AUGGACAUGGACGCGCCCGCAGCUACAGCCGGAGCAUCAGUCGCAGCCGAAGUCCCAGUCGCGGCGACCGAAGAGGAUAUCGGGAAAGAAAGCUCGAAGAUUGUAGUGGAAAAACUCACCAAGAAUGUUACGGAAGCACACCUCCUCGAAAUCUUUGGGUCGUACGGUCGCAUCGAGUCCAUCGACUUACCUCUCAACAGACAGUUCAUGACAAAUCGUGGAACAGCCUACAUUCUCUACGACCACCCUUCCGGCUCCGAAGCGGCCAUUGCCCAUAUGCAUGAAGCCCAACUGGAUGGCGCGGCCAUUUCACCAAAUCCUCGAGACAAGGCCCACCCUCACGAUAUGGUCCGCCACCAAGAGGUCCGCCUCCGUCCAGGUACCGCAGUCCACCGCCUAGAAGAGGUGGUUUCGGGGUUAGCAGACGAGGUGAUGACGACUCAUACGUCCCUCGUUCGCAAUAUUCGAGAUCACCUUCCCCGCCGCGCCGAAGGCCGAGGUCCGUCUCAUACUCCAGGUCGCCUUCUAGAACACCUCCGAGGAGGAGAGGAGGUGCAGGUCGAAGUCCCCCACGCAGAAGACGACGAAGCCCAAGCUAUUCUUCUCGAAGCAGCUACAGCCGCAGUCGCACCCGCAGUCUCAGCCGAAGCUUGA